AUGUCAAGUCCAUCAACAGCAAUUAAUACAUGCUACCAAACAGUUUUUAAUACAAGAACUGAAUACUCUGGCUUGGCCGUAAUGGGAUUCGAAAAUGAGGAAAUUAUUCGAAGCUUAAUUAUUGAUAUAGUAUUUUUUCCAAUAUUUCUUCACAUAGAAAAGCUCGUUGUGAUAAUAACAAACAUUGGUAACCUGGAUGUCAGUAGAUUCUAUGGAGUCAGUACUGGAUUUGUUUCUUCAUUCAUUAAACGAUAUCAUGGCGCACAACAUCUUUUUAUAUUAAAAAUUAAAGAAAAUCAAUGCAUUAUAGAAAUAUAUUUAGAAUCAGUAUUGGUUAAUAAAAUUGUAGGAGAAACUCCAGAUGAAACUUGGAAAAAGAUAGAAAUUUAUCAAAAAUAUACUGGAACAUAUCUCUUUGGAAUUACGGAUGCAUUG